CUCUUUCUGAGUUUUUUUUGUUUCUCUCAUAGGACUUUGAUAAUUCCUUGAUAAAGGUUCUAAUCUUCUACAACUACUACCAUUUUCCCAAUGCAGAACGUCGUCCCUGGUGGCAAACCCAGUUCCAGCGGGAAUGCUGGUUAUGUCAGCCAUACUGCUACUACUACUACCGUACCGGCCACUCAUCAAAUUCAACCUGCAACAAGCCUUGGUCAACAACCAGGUAACAAUGCGUACUUCAGCUCAGUACAAGUAGUCGACCCAGCAGCGGCAUUCCCGUUCAACAUCGACCCAGUCAACCAAAAUCUCGCUGGCUAUCCGAACGCUAUGGCCCCACCCCCUGCCAUCAACAACUUCGACCCCAGUCAGCUGGCUCUUCCAUUGGAUGCGUACCAGCCACGAGUGGAGUUUCCAGAACAGUUCUUCGUGAUGAACCACCAACCCAUGGCCCCCUUGCCGGAAGCUGCUGCGGGCCUACCCGCGCUGGCCCAUGGCACAGACGGAGGUCACAGGCAACAACCUAUGAUACCCCGGGAUGCACCACUUCUCUGCAAAUGGGAAGGCUGUACGCAUGCACGAACCUUUAGCCGGAUAGAAGAGUUGCUCCGACAUAUUAAAAACCUCCAUAUCGCUCCUCGGUCUUACCCUUGCGAAGUUUGCGGUCGGCCAUUCAACCAAGCGUACAAUAGGACAGCCCAUAUGCGCAGUCGUCAUUGGGUGGAAUGGCUUUCGGGAAUGUAUCGUGCGUGAAACUGAAGGGUUGGCUCAUACCUGAUGGUCUUUCUUUCUUUUCAGGAUUCUAUUGUACUGUGUCCAUUUUUGAUUUUUGUUUUUUUCCUUUUUCGGUUCUCUUUCUUUUGUCUUAAUUACAUUUCGGGACUAGAGCAUUUUUAGAUCAUGUAUAAAUAAUAAGGAG